UAAUGUUUCAGUGUGUGUGUAUUGGAGAUACACAAAAUAGUUGCUUAAUUUAACUCUCAAAAAUAAGGUUACUAUUGUGUUUAAUUAUUACAUUUUCGCUUACUACCAACACUAAACAAAUGCCAACAGUUCAGGCGCAUACGCGAAGGAACCUUUCGGUGUGCAUCCAGCGUACAUUUUUGCUUAGCUCUUAAAACAAAAAGCUAUACAAAAUGACAGUCCAAAAUGAGAAUAAUCCGCUAUAUGCGCCCCUAUACGAAAUUAUUCCCAACGUCCCCGAACAUGUUGAGGUCGUUGCCGAGAGCUUUGGCUUGGGUUAUUUGAAUAUUUUGCCAUUUUUUGGCGAAAUGAUUGAGCUUGCUUUGCUCGGUAAAAAUGGUGACCAGGGGAGGAUUUUUGGCAAACUGGAAAUGCUGACGGCCAAAGGCGAACUUAUUCUGAGCCAUUGCUGCGCGAUUGUCUUCUACAAUACAUGGAGCGAGAAGGAGUUCCCUGUGGGCAUCGUCAAGGUUCCACACCAGCAUCUCUGCUCCAUCUACUGGGAAGCUCCAAAGGACUCGGACUCAUCGGGCACAGACUCUGAUUCCGGGUCGCAGUCGAACACGCAGCAACAGUAAAAAUUUCAUAUGAUCCCAUGUACACAAACAUACACACAUACAUACAUAUUUUGGGUUUCUAUGUUCAAAUAAAAA